UUUCUCUCAUUUCCUUCUUUCGUUACGCUAGACUGCAGUGCUCAACUCAUCCUUACCCACCAUGGUGCUCGAUUUAGACCUGUUUCGCACCGAUAAAGGCGGCGAUCCCGAAAUCGUGAAGGAAAUACAGAGGAAACGGUUCAAAGAUGUGUCUCUGGUGGAUAAACUUGUUCAGGCGGACACGGAGUGGAGAAAAUGUCGCUUUACUGCAGAUCACCUAAACAAAGCCAAGAAUCUGUGCAGCAAAGCCAUUGGUGAAAAAAUGAAGAAAAAAGAACCAGUUGGUGACGACGAAACUCUCCCAGAAGAAGCACAGAACCUGGAAGCCCUCACUGCAGACACGCUAUCACCCCUCACGGUGACUCAGAUUAAGAAGGUACGGUUAUCGAUAGAUGAGGCUGUACAGAAGACAGACAACGAUCGGCUAAAGCUGGAGGCGGAGCGCUUUGAGUACCUGAGAGAGAUCGGUAACGUCCUUCACCCCUCUGUGCCCAUCAGCAACGAUGAGGAUGCUGAUAACAAGGUGGAACGCACUUGGGGCGACUGCACGGUGCAGAAGAAGUACUCCCACGUGGACCUGGUUGUCAUGGUGGACGGUUACGACGGGGAAAAAGGAGCCAUUGUAGCGGGAAGCAGAGGAUAUUUCCUCAAGGGGCCUUUAGUUUUCUUGGAGCAGGCUUUAAUCAACUACGCACUGCGAAUCCUGUACAGCAAGAACUACAACCUUCUCUACACACCCUUCUUCAUGAGGAAAGAAGUUAUGCAGGAGGUUGCUCAACUGAGCCAGUUUGACGAUGAACUCUACAAGGUGAUUGGAAAGGGGAGCGAGAAGUCCGAUGACAACACCGUGGAUGAGAAGUACUUGAUUGCCACAUCCGAGCAGCCAAUCGCAGCCUUCCUGAGAGAUGAGUGGCUGAAGCCAGAGGACCUCCCUAUGCGCUAUGCCGGCCUCUCCACCUGCUUCAGACAGGAAGUGGGCUCUCACGGUAGAGACACGAGGGGGAUCUUCAGGGUCCAUCAGUUUGAGAAGAUCGAGCAGUUUGUGUACUCCUCUCCUCAUGAUGAUAAGUCCUGGGAGAUGUUUGAUGAGAUGAUUGGAACAGCUGAAAGUUUUUAUCAGUCGUUGGGAAUUCCCUACCGCAUCGUGAACAUUGUGUCAGGUGCCUUGAACCAUGCAGCUAGUAAAAAACUGGAUUUAGAAGCUUGGUUCCCAGCCUCCCAGGCCUUUAGAGAGCUUGUGUCCUGCUCAAACUGCACGGAUUACCAGGCUCGCCGCCUGCGUAUUCGCUACGGUCAGACCAAAAAGAUGAUGGACAAGGCUGAGUUUGUGCACAUGCUAAACGCAACCAUGUGCGCGACUACGCGUGUCAUGUGUGCCAUCUUGGAGAACUUCCAGACGGAGGAAGGUGUUAUUGUUCCAGAACCACUCAAGGCGUUCAUGCCUCCUGGUUUAACAGAAAUGAUCAAGUUUGUAAAGCCAGCUCCUAUCGACCAGGAGGCAACCAAGAAGCUUAAGAAACAGCAGGAAGGAGGAAAGAAGAAAAAAGGCGGAGAUGCUGAUCUACAGAACAAAGUGGAGAGCAUGUCAGUCAACGACUCUUAGACCAUCCCUGGCGGUCCCGGCCAAUCGUAACGGCUCUUCACAAACCCUACAUUUUGUGUUCCACCCUCCUAUUCACUGUCAUUGGCCAAUAAAGCUGUCGCUUCAUUUUAUCCAUUUUAUCCUCUCAGACACUUCAGGGUUCUGUUGCGGUGAUGGCAGUCUAUCAGUGAUUAUAAUUUCACGUUUAGGAUUACAUCUGGAGUCAUUUCCAAAUCUGCUUCCUGUGGUUGGGGUUGUUGAAUUCUUUCAUUAGAAUGCAUGGUGUUGACAGACAAUUAGCCUUUCAAUCAGAAUGCUGACACUGUAAUUUUAUGAGGCAUUGUUAAGUGCAGUUUAUUUCAAACAUGUAACCAAAGUUCAAAGAGAACAUGCAUGAGUAUGAACAGUUCGUACUGAGAUACACUGCAUCAGGAGGGUGUUUGGUUCUGUACAAUAAAAACACUUAAUUCUCCAACAUCUAGUCUUUCAAAUAAUAUUUGAAGGAAGGGUACUUAUUGAUCUAAAAGCACUCACUAUCCACAUUGCUACAAACCUUAAAGUGAUGGAGCGAGUAAUUAUGAUUGAACUUACUGUUUUCUCUAUGUGAUUUGUCUGUAAAACGGGGAUUGUGAUCAUAUGUACAGUACUUGCUUGACAUGCCUGGUGCGAGUUGUCAGUAGGACUGCAUUUGCGAAUAAAGACACACCUAAGAAAAGAGUAAAUUGUCUGGUCACUGAGAUAAAAUUUGCUUUACAUUAA